UCAUUAUUGUUGUUUUUAAAUCAGCCUCUUUAUUGCUGAUCCUGAGCUACAGAUGAUUAGAAGCCCUGUUCUCCUGCAACAUGUGACCCCCGCCCUUCCCUUUGGCCACAUAGUCACAUGAAGAUGAGUGUGUCUGUAAAUGAGGAAGAGGGGAUUAGGUCAGAGGUCCAGAGUAGAGCUGUGUUUCCCAGUUACACAACAUGCACGAUUAUACAUCUGUAUCAUGUCCUGGUUGAUGAAAAAAGCUCACUUAUCUUAUUGUAUUCGUAAAAUGCCGAACUUGGAUGUGAAUCAAACCUCACGUUCCCUGUGUCACCUCGAGCCCUGAUAUCUAACCAAUAGCGACAUUAUUUCCGGAUGGAGCAGCAGAUCUCUGAUGAGAAGGAUGAGACUCGUGGAAAACCCACUGACUGAGGAUCUCAUGGGAGAAGUUUUUGAAUGGAGCAGCGUUCUUACCACUUUCAAGCACUUCAUCAUUGGCUCCCUCUUCUGGAGCCACGUGGUCUAAACCAACCAACCGAUGGCAGCCUCUGUGUUUUUUCUCCACCUUCACCCUUUUUUUUAUCUUCUGAAGGAAUAAAGUUAUAUAACAACUCAAACAAAAACAACUGCUUGCAUCGGCCACUUCUCCCACAGCUGACCUCAUCCCUGCACUUCUUCACAGAUUUUUUAUCCCCCCUUAAAACCAAACCAUGGCUGGAAAAGUUGUGCUGACUUACCUUGACGGCAGAGGGAGAAUGGAGUCGAUCCGCUGGCUUCUGGCUGCAGCGGAGGUGGAGUUCGAAGAGGUUUUACUGACGACCCGGGAGCAGUAUGAGAAACUCCUCAGUGACGGAGAUCUCAUGUACCAGCAGGUUCCCCUGGUGGAAAUAGACGGCAUGAAGCUCGUCCAGACCAAGGCGAUCCUGCAAUACAUCGCAGAGAAAUACAAUCUCUACGGCAAAGAUCCCAAAGACAAAGUCAUUAUCAACAUGUACUCAGAGGGAAUCAUGGAUCUCAUGGAAAUGAUAAUGGCGCUGGUCUUUGUCACAGAUAAACAACCCAAACUGGACAAUAUUGAAACCAAAGCAAAGGAGCGCUUUCUGCCUGUGUUUGAAAAGGCUCUGUCUGGACCUGUGUACCUGGUGGGAGGUAAACUGAGCUGUGCAGAUGUGCAGCUGAUGGAAUGCACCCGGAUGCUGGAGGAGAAGUUUCCGGCCAUCCUCGCUGACUUCCGCAACGUCAAGUCUUUCCAGGGCAGGAUGAGCCGGGUCCCAGGCCUCAGCAAGUUUCUGCAGCCGGGCAGCAAGAGGAAGCCGCAGUCAGACGACGUCUAUCUGAAGUCUGCCAUGGAAGUGUUGAGACCCAAGUUUUAAUUUCCACGAGCUUCUGUUGAACAUCUGGUACACUCCUCAAACAUCUAACAAUGAAUAGAACAGCCAUAUUUACUGAUUUAUUUUGAGAUGAAUACUGCACUGAGGCAAAAGCACAAGUCCGCUCGGUACCAUAGGAAAUUAAGUAGUUAUUUUUGAUAACAAUCAGUGAAUUAAAUGAAGUGAAGAUGCCACUAAAUAAAGAAUCUGUUUCUGGACAACA